GAAUAAAAUUGGAUAAAAAUUGGGCGCCAAAUGCAAAAUUUGUCGGUGAAUCCGACAGCGGGUUCCUUAUAAUUACAUCUUCACUUCUUUUUUGGCGUCGACAUAAACAACAUGGUUUUGGCCUAAAUUUUAUUUUUCUCAUUGGCACCUUUUUUUCAACCACUGAGAAAAAUAAAAUUUAGGCAAAAACCAUGUUGUUUAUGCCGACGCCAAAAAAGAAGUGAAGAUGUAAUUAUAAGGAACCCGCUAUCGGAUUCACCGAUAAAUUUUGCAUUUGGCGUCCAAUUUUCAUCCAAUUUGAAUCAGCGCGGAGCAAGCACCAAAUUUUCUAAUGGAACCUGUGACACAACCUUCUUUACCAAUGAACAAAUCUUCGCGGUAAUGUCAUUCACACAGAUGUCGGUGUAUUUAUGAAUUUGAUAUUUGAUCAUCUGUGAAUAAUUCUUUAAGAUAAUUAUACAUGUAUAGAAAACAAUAUUUUUGAAUCGAAUGUAGAUGUAAAUGGUACUGCAUGUAUAAAUAUUUUACAAAAAGUGAGUAUAAUGUGUUAUGCGCAUUGAAUUCAACAUUUACGUAAAGUGUAACGUUUAUCAAACUGCUUGAUAACUACUUUAGAUUGAUAUAACUAUUCAGUACAAAAACACCGAUCAAGGUGGCAGUAUCGUGCAUAUUACCGUGAACAUAUCUCUUGAAAACGCUAGUUUGAAUAAUAUGUUUGUACAAAAAUAUAAUGUUCGAUUUGUCAAGGAUUUGAAUGUGCAACCAGUUCAGAAAAGUGGAAAUCCGGGGUAUCAGCAGGGAUUACCAAUAUUAGCUGGUCAAUGUAUAAAUGGAUCAAAUAUUACGCUAUCAACUUUUUCAUUUAUAAAAGCAGAAAAAAGUGGUUUAUGUGGAACGAACGGAAUUCCAAUUAAAUUUGGAGAAAAUGUACAUUCAACAUGUCAGUUACACGUCAAUGACACUUCAAUGUGUGAAGAUGUAUCGUUGUCGGCUUACUGGCCAAAUAUUCUUGACGAAUUUGAGCUCUAUAUUGGACGCUAUGGUAAUUCAUUAGAAACAAAUGUAACACGCGAUAAAUUUGUUGUUGAUUCUGCUUUGAAAAUCAUUUUAAAUUAUAUCGAAACACUUCUUCCAAAUGUUGAAGAAAUAAAUUAUUUUUCAGAUGGUGCGGCUUCUCAGUUUAAACAAGGUUUUUAUUUUCGAAAUUUAGCACGAAUUGCUAAAGAACGAGAAAUAAAUUUGAGUUGGCAUUUUUUCGCAACUUUUCAUGGAAAGUGUAUAGUUGACGAAAUUGGAGGUACUGUAAGACGUCUUGUGUGGUCAGCUAUACUGGCAGGAAGAGUGUGUCGAUCAGCUGAAGAUUUUAUUACACUUGCAAAGAAAAAAACUAAGAAAAUAAUUUUGAUUGAAGUCACGAGAAAUGAUAUUGAUAGUUCGGAAACGAAACUUGAAAAUCUUUUCAGAAUGGUGAAAUCUGUUCCAGAAACAUUAAAAAUGCAUUCAGUUAAGGUGGUUGAUGGAAAUGAAUUAGAGUUUCGUUAUUAUUCGAUGUGUUCUCAGAAAAAAACUAUAACAUAUUGA